UGCGACCUAAUUUUACUCUAUCUAGAUCACAUCUGUUGAUCCAGUUGAAGCUGAGAAAUUGAGAGAUUUCUCAGGGCAAUUGAAUUGGGUGAUCCAAAACAAAAAUGGCAAGUGAAGAAGCGAAGGAUCCAUGGAAAGGAGAAGAAUGGGGGAUUGAGAAUCAGAAGGAGAAGAAGAAGAAGCCAAAUGGUGGUGGUGUGAAAACGGUGACGAGAGCGAGAAAACAAAUGCCGAGAGGACUUGAAGAGAAAUACGAAGCUUACUUCCUCCCGAGAAAGCCAUGGCCGAGGGCUCUUGCCUACUACGGAAGUUUCAUCCUCGGUGGGAUUGGUGCUGGGAUGGUUAUCGAAGCUUGGAUCAACAAAAAAGUCAAAGAAGAUGGAGGAGUCAUUUGGGAAUUCGACAAAUAAGAAUGUAAGGAACAGCGAGAGUAUUUGUUUGACUUACUACACUCUCUAUAUAUCAGAAAUGGAUUGAACAAAACGCAAAAACAGAGGCUCGGUUCCAAAUGUUUCUGAUUUUGCCUUUUGGUUUGUUGUUGUCUGCGUUUUCUUUUGUAUUAUUGUUUGGCCAACCAAGCGUGUCACUGUCAGGCCUGUUCAUACAACAACUCAACGGUAAAAGAAUGCAUUUAAGGU